AUGCCGCGUCCCAGCUUCGCCGAAGACGCCCAAGAGCCAGAUACACCCCAGGUUGCCACUCCUACCACCCAACCUGUCUACUCGGAUGCAUCAAGUUCCUACUGGCCACCAGGCUGGAACUACAAUCGCUAUCGACAUGCAACCGCGGACGACGUGACCUCUCUUCCCGUGGAUGAACUGCUGAAGAUGCAGGCCGGAUUACGGGAUGUCCUAGGAGAGGAAGGUGUAGGGCAGCUGGCGAUGCAUGUCUUCGAGGAGCAGCAACGCGAUGCAGAAAGAACUGGCGACGAGUCGACUGCUGAGACUGCAAAGAAGUCGGAGGUCGAGCACAUGCCCCCGAACUGGCUGAAGCAUUGGCAGCAGCGCCACGAAGGUCAGACGUGGGGAAUGGUGGCCUUCCGAACAGCCUGCUAUGAUGACCAGGAACGAUGGGAGACCUUCGCCAAGCAGGUCCGGAGAAUCGUUGAGAUUCCCUUCCAGAGGGACGCAGACGGAGCCGAUGUGCAUGAGUACUUCAAGGAUGCGGAGUCAAAAUUCGAGAUACGGUGGGUGGAGGAUCCGGCCUUGGCCGGUGCCACUGCCGAUGACCUGCGCGACAAGUUUGGCAACAUGAAAUCCGAACUUCCAGCCGGGUUUUCGGAGCAGGUAUUCCUUGUUGCCACUUCAGCUGUGAUAGCAUCUGUGCUGGAUUUGGGCGAAGGCGACCAACCGACGACUAAGUCCAAGUGGUGGCGGACAUCGGCACCAUUCUUUCUCGCGGUCGCUGCAGACACGGACCCCGGGUUGGAGGAGGGUCAUGAAGAGAGGGAGUGGUUUAAGCCAAUCUUCAAGGUUGCCGCAGAGACGAUUGUUGAAGAGUUUUGGUGGCUCCUUGACUCGGAUAUCAUGCCUUUGAGAAGGAUCACGCGAAGUGUCCGGGGCUUAGAAGGUCUAGCGGAUACCGAGACCGGCACCUCUGGAAGCGAGGAUUUGGAAAAGGUUUGGUGGUCUACGGCACCGUCUCCGGAAAGAAUGCGAAAGCGCCGUAGAUUUUAA